AUGGCCGCAGCAGCAAAGAGACUCGUCGUCUGCGGAGGCAACGGCUUUUUGGGAUCAAGGAUAUGCAAGUAUGCUGUAGGAAGAGGGUGGGAUGUUAUUUCUAUCAGCCGCUCUGGACAGCCGAAAUGGGACAACGUCACUUCGUCGGCCGCUGCGCCGAGUUGGUCGCACCAAGUUACGUGGGAAAAAGGGGACAUUCUCAAGCCAUCAUCUUAUGCGCCAUUCCUGCAAGGCGCCGACUAUGUCGUCCACAGCAUGGGCAUCCUACUUGAAGCCGACUACAAGGGACUUGUGUCUGGUCGUGAGUCCCCCAUUGCCGGCUUCCAAAAGGCCUUUGCCGCCACAAAGGACCGCGGUAUCAACCCGCUCGAGGCCAAGCCCGGCGAAGACAUCAAGCCGCCUAACCCCAACGACCAGUUCUCCUACGAGGUCAUGAACCGGGACAGCGCAAUUGCUCUGGCGCGCCAUGCCUCGGACGCCAAGACCAAGGCCUUUUGCUACAUCUCGGCCGCUGGCGGGUCGCCCAUGCUGCCGCAGCGAUACAUCACGACCAAGCGCCAGGCGGAGAACACCAUCGCCAACGAGUUUCCAGGGAUGAGGGGCGUCUUCUUCCGGCCGCCCUUUAUGUUUGACGAGUCGAGAAAGGUGACCAUGGGACUAGCGGCCAUGGCCGGUGCCGGCGCGCUCUUCAACAAGGUAACCGGCGGGUAUCUGAGCACAUUCAUGGGUGCCGCGGGCGCCAAGCCGGUCAAGGUGGAAAUGGUUGCCGAAGCGGUGGUAGAAGCGCUCGCGGAUGAGGAGAUUCACGGACCGGUUGAGACUCCGCAGAUGGAGGAGCUGGCGCACAAGGCAUGGAGGAAAACAAUGUUGUAA